AUGAAAUUAUAUUUAAUAUCUAUAAUUAUAUUCAUAUCAUUUAUUUUAAAUAAUUGUCAAGUUUAUAAUGAUUAUAACCCAUGGCUAUCAAAUUUUCAUGAUAGUGAAUUCAGCUCAUAUAGUGAAUGUAGCCCAAUUACAAAUGAAAUCGAUUGGUUAAAUUCAAAUUCUACAAAUAAUAAUAAUAAAAAUAAUAAUAAUAAUAAUAAUAAUAAUAAUAAUUGUAAACCACCAAUAUUAAAAUUUAAUCCAAUUUUAUUAAAAGAUCAAUCAUAUAUAGUAUUAAAUAGUGAUAAUAGUGAUAAUAAAUUAAAACUUGUUAAAUAUAAAUUUAAAGGUCAACAGAUUGAUUGGUCAUUCACUUUUAAUGAUUUUGAUAAUUAUAAUUAUAAAUGUUCAAUAAAAAUUAUAAAUGCAAAUAUAAUUACAGCAUCAUCAAUAAACAACUCAACAAUUAAUUCAAAUAUUAAAAAACCACCAACUUUAAUUUACAUUAAAGAAUUUUCAAAAUUUUAUUUAAUAGAUACUUCAAGUGGUACAUUACUAUGGAAUUCAACUUCAAAUUCAUUUAAUAAUUGUAAAUCAAAUAAUUAUUUUUCAAAAAUUUAUAAUUUUUAUUCAAUUUGUGAUAAUAAUAAUAAUAAUAAUAGUAAUAGUAAUUUAAUAACGGUUAGUCCAUAUAAUGAUAAUGAUGAAAUUAAAGUUUUAGUUAAUCAAUUACCAAAUAAUAUUACAAAUUACCAACAUAAAACAACUAAACAAGAUGAAAUUAGUAAUGAUGAAAUUAUAUUAGGUUAUCCAAUCACCUAUUCUAGAAUUGAUACAUUAUUAUAUGUAAACUUUAAUAAUGGUUUAGUAUCAUUAAUAGUACCACCAACUAUUGAAAAUAACAGUAGUGGUGGUGAUAGUAGUGAUAGUGAUAGUAGUGAUGGUGAUAAUAUGGUUUCAAUUAAAUUUCAAUUCUCUUUAAAAAAUAAUACAAUUAAUCAAAUCUCACCAUUAGUAUUUAAUAGUUUUAAUACCUAUUCAAAACAUAUGAAUACUUUAUCAUGUAAUAAUGCUAAAGUUACAAUUGAUACAUAUGAUCCAAAGACAGGCUCAGUAGAGCUUUCAAAAAUUUUAUUAUCUGGUGUAAAUUGUGCAAAUAUAUUCAAUGCUAAAGUAGGUUCGUCACCAUCGAUUUCAGCAAAUUCAUCAGCUAAAUCAAUUGGUAUAGUUUUCAUGUUCAAUUAUUAUUUCAAUGGAUUUUGGUUAUCUUAUUCAGGUAUUUACGUUUUAAAUCCAUAUAGUUUAAGAUGGUAUAUCAAUGGUGAAUAUUCACUUUUAUUAGAUUUUGCAAUCACUCAUUCAAAUUCAAUCUAUUUUUGUAGAAAUGAUAAAAUAUUACUUUAUGAUCAAAAUAUAUCAGUUUUAUCAUUUAAUUUACCUUUAAUUAAUAAUAGUAGUAAUAAUAAUAAUAAAAAUAAUACAAAUUCAAUUAAUUUUUGUAAGAUAGCAGUUGGUGAAAAUUCAAUUUUACUAUCUUUUAUAGAUUAUAAUAGUAAUAGUAUUAUCAAUAGUAAUAUAAAUAUUAGUAGUGGUGAUAGUGAUAGUAGUAGUAGUAGUAGUAGUCGUGGUAGUAGUAAUAGUAUAAGCAGUGAUAAUAGUAGUUCAAAUGAAAAUGAAUCAUUAGGAGAAUCAUUUAUAAUUAGAGGUAUUGAUUCAAUGUGUCCAGAUCUAUGUGGGGCUAAUAUGGGUUGCUUAAAGGAUGUAGGUUGUAAAUGUUUACAAGAUUAUUAUCCUGUUGGUAAUUGUUCAAGUUUUUGUCUUGCUUCAUAUACUUGUAGUAAUCAUGGUAAGUGUGAUGAAUUUGGUUCUUGUGUUUGUAAUCCUACCACUGGUUGGUAUGGCCAAAAUUGUAACCUUUGUAAAGAUGGAUAUGGUGGAAAUGAUUGUAAUGUUGGUAUAAGGAUUGGUAAAAAGAGAAAAGAAGGAAAGGGAAUAUGUUGCUCAUGUUUUUAUAAAUUUAAAAAUAAAAUCAAUAAACCUAAAAACUACAUCACUUUGGAUGAAAGAAAUAUUGGUGUUAUCAAUGAUAGUGGUAGUGGUGGUACAGCUCUAAAUGUUAGUAGUGGAAAUGUAAGUAGUGGUGGCGAGAGUGACAGUGAGAUUUUUAGUAUACAUCAACAACAAAUUUCUCCUCUACUCAAUAGUAAUAAUAAUAAUAAUAAUGGGGGUUUAAAAAAGAAAAAAAAUGACUACUUUGAUGAAGAUUUACAAUUAUAA